ACAUUGCGCAUCUUUUUCCCUUUCUCUUGGCGCACAUUGCCAAUUAUAUUCCCAUGAAUUUCACUUUACUCCUUGCUUUACCAUUGUUACCCUUUGAGUUCAAGUGAACUCAGAAGAUAUUAUGGAGGCCUAUGGAAAUUCGUCCCUUAUCAAAGGGGCUCCGGGUGAAGAAUCACCCUUCAGUACUGGGUUUCAGGCAUUGCUCAGCGACGCGACUAGGACGACCAGCCCAACGUCGACUUCCUAUGGAGGACCUGAUCCCUCAUUCGCAUCCGCAGGAUUCAUCAUCGAUCUUGGGGGUAGCGGUCCCCGUGGUCGACCUGCGAUCGGUAGCGCAUCUGAAGAUGAUUGCAAGGUCAAGCAAGAGGGUCCUGGUCCGUCAUCAGAUAGCGCUACUGUCAUGGGGGGCACGUCUCAGAACGAUACCUCCAUACCUCUAGCCAAUACUGCACCCGGAGACAGUGCAAUGUCAUCUUUGGGUCUACCGGCCCGCCCUAUCGACGCCGGUAAUAUUGCCACCCCAGAGACUGUAUUGAAGCGCCCCAUCCUCUCUAGACCAAUCUUUGGUAUUGGCCGCGACGCUCCCGUCCCUCAAGGACCGCCCAACUUUGCCCACAAUCAGAGCGGUAGCCGAGGGAGUGUUGGGCCAGAGCAUGCGGGUAAUUUCCCUGCUGUAGAUGGUAAAUAUGUCACUCCCGCAAUGCUUCUGAGCCAAGAGUGCCAGAAACGACGAUUCAAUCCGCAGUUUACGGAAUGGCAUGAUCGCAAUGGCCGUUGCAAGUGCUCUGUCAGUCUCAAGGGGUUGAUAGUUUCCGAAAUGCGUGCAUACAACACGGCUUCCGAGGCAAAGGCGGCUAUUUCCAAGAAGGCUCUCAUAGAAGUUCGCAAGUUACCGUGCGAGGAUCCCGCAGAUAAACCUGCAGCGAUCCUUACGGAGGUUGUCAAGCAGGGCAUAUACAAAGAAGUGCCCGACUUCUUCGGGUUUGGUUCGGCGCAGACGGAGAACAAACCAAACCCUCAACAGCAUCGCAAUCAUCAGCAUAACCAAGUUGCCCCCUUCAUGCAGGAGCAUCGUGUCAGCCGUUACCAACCCCCUGGCAAUUUCCCCAAUGACCGUCACGACAACUACGAUCUUCAUGAUCAACAGAAUUUGCUGAUGAGUCAAGUUCAAUACCUGUUCGGUCACAUCAACGGACCUAGCAACAGGAUCGCAGAGGAUCCCCUGGCCUCUCGUGCCUUUCUAGAGGGCAUCGCCUUAGGUUCACGGCUAGGUCAGUCAACCAUACGUCACCCCGACACAUACACCUACGCCCCGCCCCCGGCUCCUCAGAGACUGAAUGCUCGGCCACAUGGUGAUGGUGGCCGCCGCCGGGAGCGAUCCCCUGUCAUAGGUCCCAGAUCCCAUCAUAAUCGAGUGAGAUCGCCACUUCGUCGCCGCAACCACUAAGAUGCCGACUAGCUCGCUGAUCGGCCUUGAAUAGAUAUUAUCCCGAUUGCAGAUCGCCCCAGGAUCAAGUUGCCUUUGCAUACAGCUUAUAGUUCUUUGUCGCGGAUUUUGCGAGGGGGGUUCUAGGUGAAGAACCACAAGAUUAUCAUAUUUCCUGAUAG